GGUUACCCGCGUCACUUGUUGCCUGCUGCCUGCCAACGUACCACAACCAGAAUGGAUGGGUUUCCUUGGUCGCAACCUCACUCUUCCCUCACUGGCCAGUGCUUCUUCACAACAGCUUACUUGCAGGCCUCUUGUUGCCCCAGUAGCCCUCAGAUGGCUGCAUGCAUCGCCGGUGAAGCAAAUAUGGAAUAUCGAUCGUCACAAGACUCUACAUAUCUCACCUCAUGCUGUCGUUUGCCUGCAUGAACUUUACCGAGCCAGUAUAACUCGUUCGAUCAGGACUGGUCACUUCCUAUGCCAUAGCUUUAAGGCAAAUAUUCCUCUCUAUAUCCUUGACAGGAGGGCUAGGCUGACCUAUCACAGACGGAAACUUCCUGCUCACGCGAGAUGUUGCUCAUCACUAGCCUCUAGUAGCUCCGUGGUGAAGCCUGCCGUUUAACCUGCCUCUCAAGAGGUCUUUGAAGCCAUGCUGCUGAUGCAAAGUAGAAUCUGCGGGCAUAAUCUGUACAGCCGUAGUUGAGCCUCCAGCAGGACUUACUUAAACCAGGCGCACACCUCCAAAAGUUCGAAUUCUACAUUCGUUACCACUCUUGUUUUAAGCUACAUCAUCCAAUGUGCUGAUGAGGCUUGCAAACGAGGCAAAAUGAAGCUUCACCAACUGGGUCGUU